GAAGUUGCCCAAAAUUUCACAUUUAUUUGAGAAUCACCACUGUGGCUUUACAGCUUCUCCCAUUCCAACGGUGGCCGGAAAACCUAUUUGAGCGGCGGUGACAGCCAUUUUUCCCCCCUUUCUCUAACAAACACCUGGGACCCAUAUACCACUUCACCUCUUUCUGUGCAGUUGUUAUGGAGAUAUCUUUGUUAAAGGUGCUAUCUGAUGCAAUAUCCUCAUUUUUGCAUUUAUCGUUUUCUGAAAAAAUGAAGUCAGAACCUGUAUCAAAGUAUUACCAGAAGGCAGAGAAAACGCUUAAGUUGUUGAAGCCGAUUAUUGAUACAACUAUUUUUUCUGAUUUAGCUUCUAACGAAGUGCUUGGUAAGCUAUUUGAGAAACUUGGUGUGGCUGUUGAUGAGUUGAAGGAGCUUAUUAUGAGCUGGCAUCCAUUAUCUAGCAAAUUUUACUUUGUUAUUCAAGUUGAUCCCUUGGUAUCAAUAAUUCAGACUUUGGGACUUGGCACUUUACAGCAGCUGAGUGCUUCACCGGAAUGUCUUCCUGAUAAUUUGGGAAAUGAAAAAUCAUCAACCAUUAAAGAAGCUAUUAUGGAACAACUGGAAGGUGUAGGACAAAGUUUGGAGGUCCUGGAAAACAUUGCUGAGAACCUAGGUCUAAGGUCUAAUCAAGAGGUCCUGAUUGAGGUUGUGGCCCUUGAAAAGUUGAAGGAGAAUGCUGAACAAAUUGAAAAUACUGCAGAAGCUGAAUAUAUUGAUCAAAUGAUCUCAGUUGUAUAUCGUAUGCAUGAGCAUCUUGUUACGCUUAAGCAAGCUCAGAACUCUAUCCAAGUGAAAGUACCUGCUGAUUUUUGCUGUCCUCUCUCUUUGGAGUUGAUGACAGAUCCAGUCAUUGUGGCAUCAGGGCAAACAUAUGAGCGCGCUUUCAUCAAGAACUGGAUUGAUUUAGGACUCAAUGUUUGUCCAAAGACACGUCAGACUCUGGUUCACACCAAUCUAAUACCUAACUACACUGUAAAGGCAUUAAUUGCUAAUUGGUGCGAAUUGAAUGAUGUGAAACCUAUUGAUCCCAUUAAGUCCAAAAACAUAAACCUACCAUCUCCCUCUCAUGGGUCUAUGGAGUCUGGUUUGGUCAAGGAUUCGUCUGUUAUAACUAGUGGUGAAAUCCACCAAGAACGAGCUUCGACAUUGCAUUCUUCUUCAACUCUAGGUGGUUCCUUAAAUGGCAUGGUUAAUGGGCAGCAUGUGGAUCUUGAAAGAAUAUCACCCACAUGUUCAGAUGAUGGCUUUGUCAGCUCAGAUGAAGGGAGUGUAGAUUCAGUUGACCAAUCAUUAAUGUCACCAUCUAGAAGGGAAUCCUGCAAUGCCUUUAGCUCAGAACAAUCUCAAAAUGAUGACAGAACUACUUCUGAUAACAACAAUGAUCCUCUGCUGUCAACCAAUCUAGAUACUUCUGGGGAAUUAAAUUCAGGGCCAGAUGCUGUUGCAAUGCCAACUCGGCAUAGAGAACCUGAGUUUUCACCCCAGUUGGCAGUGCCAAGGUCUCAAAGCCACACUGUGUGGCAACGGUCAUCUGAGUGGUUUGUUCCUAGGAUAGUGUCUACACCUCUUGAAACAAGAGCUGAUCUUUCUGCUACCGAAACCCUGGUUCAGGAAUUAGUGGAGCAGUUAAGGAGUGACUCUCUUGAUGCUAAGCGAGAGGCGACAGCAGAACUUCGCCUUCUUGCUAAGCACAAUAUGGAUAACCGAAUUGUGAUUUCCAAUUGUGGAGCCAUUAGCUUAUUAAUUGAUUUACUUGAAUCAGCUGAUACUACUGUCCAGGAAAAUUGUGUUACAGCACUGCUUAACUUAUCAAUCAAUGAUAACAACAAAGCAGCUAUUGCAAAUGCCGGUGCAAUUGAACCUUUGAUUCAUGUCCUAAAGACAGGGAGUUCAGAAGCCAAGGAGAAUUCAGCUGCCACUCUUUUCAGCCUAUCAGUUACUGAGGAAAACAAGAUCAGGAUAGGGAGGUCUGGGGCAAUUGAACCACUAGUUGAGUUAUUAGGGACUGGAACCCCUAGGGGGAAGAAAGAUGCAGCCACUGCUUUGUUUAAUCUGUCGAUAUCUCACGAAAACAAGGAUCGGAUUGUGCAAGCCGGUGCUGUGAAACACCUUGUGGAGCUAAUGGACCCUGCAGCUGGAAUGGUUGAUAAGGCAGUGGCUGUUUUAGCAAAUCUUGCUACAAUAGCACAAGGGAAAACAGAAAUUGGUCAGCAAGGUGGAAUUCCUGUUCUGGUCGAGGUUAUUGAGCUGGGUUCCACUAGAGGGAAGGAGAAUGCAGCGGCGGCUCUUCUUCAUCUAUGCUCAGACAAUCACAGAUAUUUAAACACGGUGCUCCAAGAAGGAGCUGUGCCACCUUUAGUAGCAUUGUCACAAUCAGGCACCCCAAGGGCCAAAGAAAAGGCCCUGGCUCUCCUUAAUCAAUUUAGAAGCCAGAGACAUGGUAGGGCUGGGAGGGGUUGAUUUCAAUUUUCCAACCUCGUGAGCCAUCCAAUGGUUUUGAAUCAACUCUUACAAAACAUCUCUGAUUUAUACGUUGCCUUAUGCACAUAAUAUGCAUAAAGGCAUUUUGUUUGUUGUUUACACGUGCUUGUAAAGGGGGAGAAUAUGUAUGGAGGAGGAGCAUUUGUGUACUCAUGUGACACACCUCUCUUUGAUGGAAGAAAAAUUAUGCAUGCAAGUCUAACUUUUGAAGUUUUGACGAGUGACUUCUAUCUUUUCUGUACUA